CUACACGCACAGGGGUCUCUCUCUCUUUCUCUCUCCUCCAGGCGACCCCGCACUCCCCUCCCUUCGCUACAAACACACUGCACGCGCACUAGAAAACAUGGCGGAUUAACGUCACAUUUGAGGUAUUAGCCAAGUUCGAACGAGAGGCAGAGGGGCGGAAGGAGGGAGGAUCUCUGGGCUCCUGCAUUUGGACGCCAUCCUCGAAAAAGGCGCCCUUCUUUUGAAAGGAAGAGAAAACGGAACUGAAGUGAAGGCACCGUGUUCCUACACACUAAUGCAGAACUGAGACAGGGCAGUCCAAAUAUUACAGAAUCAUGAAAAAACCAGUGCCAGCAAAAGUAAUCGAGUGGAAAGAUGGCAGACGGAUCAAGCAUUCCCGCAGCGGACGGCCCUCUCGAGUUCCUUCACAGUAUCAAGCAAUGUAGAUUACUUUCUGCACUUCCAGAGCCUCAGCUGAAAGGCCACUUUAGUUGGGAUAAGUAUUUGAAAGAGACAGGCACUAUAGCUGCUCCUGCCCACUGUUUCAAACAGAGCACUACACCCCCAGUCAAUGAGUUCAAGGCAGGAAUGAAGCUGGAAGCUCAGGACCCUAGGAACACCACUUCUACCUGCAUCGCCACAGUGGUGGGGCUGACCGGCUCACGUCUCCGGCUGCGGCUCGAUGGAAGUGACAACAAAAAUGACUUCUGGCGUCUGGUGGACUCAUCUGAGAUCCAGCCCAUUGGUAGCUGCGAGAAGAAUGGAGGCAUGCUGCAGCCACCCCUGGGGUUUCGUCUGAACGCAUCGUCCUGGCCCAUGUUCUUACUGAAAACACUCAACGGUGCUGAGAUGGCACCAGCACGCAUCUUUCACAAGCAGGAACCUCCUUCUCCAGAGCAGAAUCAUUUCCAGGUGGGGAUGAAGCUGGAGGCAGUGGACAGGAAGAACCCUCAUUUUAUCUGUCCUGCCACAGUGGGGGCACUGCGAGGUGUGGAGGUGCUGGUCACCUUCGAUGGCUGGAGGGGAGCUUUUGACUAUUACUGUCGUUAUGAUUCCAGAGACAUCUUUCCUGUAGGCUGGUGCACUCUCACUGGAGACAACCUUCAGCCGCCUGGCACUAAAGUGGGUUUGCCAAGGCCUCUGGGUGCUUCAGGUGUGCUACCUGACAGCAGUGUGGAGGGCCCAGACAUGCCCAUGCCCCCAGCGCCCAGCAGGCCUCCUGCCCAGAAGCGCCGUAAGCCUGGACGCAAGAAAAGCAAGCCGUCCAGCUCGUGGGCUCAGAAGGAUAGCACCUCUAAUGAGGUGCCCCAGACAAAUCAGCCUGGAAAUGGACCGGAACCUGUGAAAAUCCCGAAGAAGAGAGGGCCCAAGCCUGGGAGUAAGCUGGGUUGGGUUAAGCAUGCUGCAUGGUUGGAAGGGGCAAUGGCAGGUCCUGGCAGACCCAGAGGCCGAAUGUCAGCUAACUGGACUCAGAAACUUCAUCAGCAGAAUGAGAUAGAUACCAUCAAGAUCCCAAAGAAAAGAGGCCCCAAACCUGGCACCAAGAGAAAACAGCGUGUGGCUUCUGACCCAGUUCCCACAUCUCCCACCAGUAGCACUCCAGAGCCUGACACCAGCUCUGUACCACUGGAUAACGCCACCAUCCCCAGCGCUGCCAUGCAGGCUCCAACAGUGUGUGUGUAUCUAAACAAGCAGGGGAAGGUGGGUCCUCACUUGGACGCACGUCGUAUACAGUCUCUGCCAGACCACUUUGGGCCUGGUCGGGCAUCUUCAGUGCUGCAGCAGUGUGUUCAGGCCUGUGUGGACUGCGCUCAUAAUCAGAGGGUUGUCUUCUCCUGUCUCAAACCAGGUCAUGGAGGAGAGCUCAUCUCAGCCCACUUUGACCAGAAGCAGCACACCCUUACACUGCCAGCAGUGAACAGUGUGACAUAUGUGCUGCGCUUCCUGGAGAAGCUCUGCCACAACCUGCGCUGUGAGCCACUGUUCGGCAGCCAGCCAGUGCCUCUGGGAGGAGGGCAUUAUGACAGCCACAACUUCACAGAGAGGAGGAGCUUUUCAGAGUGUCUCAGUUCAGGACCAGGUCGAGGGACAAAGAGAUUUCUGUCAGACUCCUGCAACAACAGUAACUCACUGCCACACAAAAUUACUAAAAGCCACUGCAUCUCAUCUGAAGAGUCUUUUCUGGUGGAGAAUGGAGGCUCAGAACACUUGGAGAAAACUCGAAUGUCCCCCAGUAAGGCUCUGAGUUUGCACCCUCACUCUCAGAGCACCAUAUCUCCUAGUCAACUGUGUCGCCUUGGCUCUGCAGGUUCAGAGCGUUUCCUGAACUCUAGAGAAAGCCCCCGGCCCAGUGGACAGGAUCCAAACCUGUGGACAGUGGAGGAUGUCAUGCACUUCAUCAGAGAGCUGGACCCUCAGUUGGGCCCACAUGCAGAGCUUUUCCGCAAACAUGAGAUUGACGGGAAGGCUCUCCUUUUGCUGCGUAGUGACAUGAUGAUGAAGUACAUGGGCCUGAAACUUGGUCCCGCCCUUAAACUCACCUUCCACAUCGACAAGCUGAAACCGGGUCGCUAAGCACAAAAGGCCGACCCCUCCUCUAUUCCACCAAGCACAGAGCAUAGUGGAAACCACUGAAGCUUUACUGAAGCAUUACUGUCAUUGCAGUGGUCAUUUCUGAACAUGUGUCUCUUUGUCUGUUACCUUUUUGUGUCUCCUUGUUCUCAUUUGUUUUGGUGCCCAUUACAUGUAGCACACUCGCCCCCGUUGUCAUGAUAGGGACAGUUAACUAACGCACAUUUCUUUCCACAACCUUCAGUGUUCCUGUUUUUGCCAUGUCUUGAGCUAUGCAGGAUCAGAGCUGCGUGGACAGUAGGCAGGCCAUUUUCAGGCCUCCGUUUUUUUUAAUACGUUCGUGUUUUUAUCCUCUUUAGCCACAGUCAAAAAGGGCUUGGAAUUUUUUCUCCAGUUUUUCUUUUAACAGAGAUCACACAAACACUAGAUCUGUCCCAACUUUGGGACCGGUUCUAAUUCAUGUCUCACUGUGAGGCACUUUCAUAUCUAAUAUGGUACUUUACACAUAUCUACACAUCUAACCUGCAAGUAAUGCCAUGAUACUGCAUUUCUUUUGUAUGGUCUUGUUUAUUACAUGUCUGGGUAAUUUGUACUUUUUUUUUUUUUUUUUUUUUUUUUUUACAGUUUUAUACUAUAUUGUUAGAAUUCAUACGUUGUGAUAAGACUGAAAUAAAAAUAUGAAGUUGUUUGACAGAUUUUAAAACUGCGUUCUUGCAUCUUGUUUGGUGUUUUGCUCAAGAAUGCCAUUUCAUGACCUGCAGGAGGGUUUGCAUUAAAUUCACCAUUUUAAAGAUGCUCCAGAGGAUGUCACCUAUCCAUUUAGAGCAUCUAGUCAACACAAGGGGGCAGCAAAGCCUUUAUAGUUUCUCAGGAUUUCUUUGUCUGUCUCGAUGCAUAAAAGCUCUGACACUUUUUCUGCAUUAAAGAGCAGCUUUACCAGCCCUUAUACAUGCUGACAUGCCAUGCUUGGUGAACCACAGUAAGACACUUUCCAUUUACUUGCUGGCAGAAAUCAGGGAUGAAUUGAAUCAUUCUGACAGAUCAGGUACAUGAAGCUGUUUACAGUGUUUUUGUAACUAAACAAUACAGUUAACUUAAAUCUGAACCUGUACAGUCCUUACAGAUAUUUACACCGUAAAUAUCUCAGUAGACGAUGUUUGUGUUUCCAUUGCAGUAAUUGCGUUGCCAUAGUAGUAACAAUCCACACCAUAGUGUGGUUCUUCAGUCAUCAAAUACACUCUUGUGUAAAGCAUAAUGUGAUUAGGAUUACAUAAAACCCUUUUCCACUUUAUUUAUUUAUUAGGCAGUAAAUACCGUCUAAAUGAAAUUACUGUGUUUUUAUACUUGACUGUUUCCUUUCCAUCGUUGCAUGUGGAUAUAUUAUAGACAACAUUGAUUCAAAUUAUUUCCUAGCACUUUAAUUUUCCAGGAAAUUAGUUCAGUAAUGUAACUAAUUUGUUUUGCAUAUCCUUCUGCUGGUUUAUUUAACUUUUAUCCUGUUAGUUUUGUUGUGAUUCAGUGUUUGCUGUGUUUUUUUUCCUUUUCUUAACUGUCUGUAAAUACACCCAAAGAACACCUUGUAAUAAAUGUUGGUUAUACUUUGUAAUUUA